GAACCCUUCUCUCGCGAGAUCUGCACUGUACUGGAGUCAGCUCUUGUGGCGGCUCACUGGGCUACUGAAACUGGUCUUGCUCCAGGUUUUGAGCACGUUUGGGUCCGGCGCAGCGGUGUUAAGUGUACAGAAAAAUGGAGUAUAUGACAGAACCCGUCAAGCACACACCUGGACAUAUCUUGUGCUGCGACUGUGGUGUCCCAAUUAGUCCAAAUCCUGCUAACAUUUGUGUGGCUUGUCUGCGAAGCAAAGUAGACAUCAGCCAAGGCAUUCCAAAACAAGUCUAUAUAUCCUUCUGCAAACAAUGCCAAAGGUAUUUUCAGCCACCAGCAACUUGGGUACAGUGUGCAUUAGAAUCCAGGGAUCUUCUUGCUUUGUGUUUGAAAAAAAUCAAAGCCCCUCUGAGUAAGGUACGGCUUGUAGAUGCAAGCUUUGUUUGGACUGAGCCUCAUUCUAAGAGACUUAAAGUUAAACUGACUAUUCAGAAAGAGGUGAUGAAUGGUGCCAUCCUUCAGCAAGUGUUUGUGGUGGAUUAUGUUGUUCAGCCCCAGAUGUGUGGAGAUUGCCAUAGAGUGGAAGCUAAGGAUUUCUGGAAGGCUGUGGUUCAAGUCAGGCAAAAGACUUUGCACAAAAAAACUUUCUACUAUCUGGAACAGUUGAUUUUGAAGUAUGGGAUGCACCAGAAUACACUUCGUAUCAAGGAGAUUCAUGAUGGUCUGGAUUUCUAUUAUUCCUCAAAACAACAUGCCCAGAAGAUGGUAGAAUUUCUUCAGUGUACUGUCCCCACUAGAUACAAAGCCUCACAGAGACUGAUCUCUCAGGAUAUCCAUAGUAAUACAUACAAUUACAAAAGCACUUUUUCUGUGGAAAUUGUUCCAAUAUGCAAGGAUAAUGUUGUUUGUCUGUCUCCAAAACUGGCACAAAGCCUGGGAAACAUGAACCAGAUUUGUGUGUGUAUUCGAGUAACGAGUGUUAUCCACCUCAUAGAUCCAAAUACCCUACAAGUUGCAGAUAUUGAUGGGAACACCUUCUGGAGUCACCCCUUCAAUAGUUUAUGCCAUCCCAAACAGCUGGAGGAGUUUAUUGUUAUGGAAUGCAGCAUAGUCCGAGAUAUAAAACGCAGUGCAGGUGCUGGAAUGAUAUCAAAAAAGCAUACCCUCGGGGAAGUCUGGGUACAGAAAACAUCUGAAAUGAAUACAGAUAAACAGUAUUUUUGUCGCACUCAUUUGGGACAUCUUCUAAAUCCUGGAGACCUGGUGUUGGGGUUUGAUUUGGUCAACUGUAACUUAAAUGAUGAGUAUGUCAACAAAAUGAAAUCAGAUAGAGUACCAGAUGUGGUAUUAAUCAAGAAGAGCUAUGACCGUACCAAACGUCAGCGUCGUAGGAACUGGAAAUUGAAAGAGCUUGCAAGAGAUAAAGAAAACAAGGAUACAGAUGAUGAAAGGCAAUACCAAGAUUUCCUUGAAGAUCUUGAAGAAGAUGAAGCAAUUAGAAAAAAUGUGAACAUUUAUAGAGAUUCAACCAUUCCUGUGGAAAGUGACACAGACGAUGAAGGAGCACCUCGAAUUAGUCUGGCUGAGAUGCUUGAAGACCUUCACAUUUCUCAAGAUGCUACUGGUGGUGAAGGUGAAUCGAUGAUGACAUGAGAUCAUGUUGUAUAUGGUUUCCACAUCUGUAGGGUCAGGAUGUUGGACAAAAUACUAUUACUUUCUGUUCUGUCUAUGCCUUCACAGUGAGAGAAGAGAAAUUUAGUUUUAAACCUUAAUAAAUGCAUCUAUUUCCAUUGCUCACUUGAAGAACUGAAAACAGUUGAUGGCUUUGAAGUUUUAGAUAAAAAAUUAUGGAGAAUGGAAUUAUUACUGAAAUUUAGGCCAUUUACAAAUAGAAGUUUAUUGGCUUGCUUUUUUUAUGAGACAUUAGUAUUUCCACAUACUGUAUAGCUCUGGGUUUAAAAGCUUGCAAGUUGUGAUUCCUUGGAGCUUACCUAAACCUUCAAGCACUAAACGCGCUUUUACAUUCUUUUUAUGUUGAUUGCUUUAGUGGAAGAGCAUAUGAAAAGUCAUUUUCAAUAUGAACUUGUAGGGUACUUUAAUCUACUUUAGAUCAUUUUUAUAUCCUUGGGAUAGGAAAAUUGGGGGUUCAGUUUAUAAUUGGACAUUCAGUAGGAAGGUUACCUUUUUAAAUUUGUAAUAUUUACAUCUUCAAAAGCUGUUAAGUUGGGGAUAAUCUUACUUUUUUUUGCAAAAGAAGCUAUAUUUAAAAUAUUUACAAGUUAUAUAGCAAACAGAGUAUUGAAAGGUUAAAUAAUAAUUUAUUCCUUAAUUGUUUUGGUCUGUGCCAGCAGCUUAGUGUUGUAGCUGCUUAUGUUAUAAAAAUGUCUUCCUGUCUCUACAAGGAUUUUGCUUUUAAAAUUUUGGUUUACAAAUUGAGAAGGAAUUCUGUCUUUAUAAGUUUGUUUCAUUGAACACAUCACCAUCAAAAAGGAUGUUAGAAUCCAGCAUAUGGAUGAUGAAAUAAUAUAAGUGAUCUUGCUUUAUAAAACCAUGAAUCAGAUUUAAAUAGGAAAUACCUUUCAUAUCCUUGAAGGCAAGGCAUUGGUUUGGUUUUUAAAGUGUUCCGAAAAUGAAGUUUUAAGAUCCUAUUUCUAUAAGCAAGAUAACUAAGCAUGCCAGAACUAAGAGCCAAUUCAUAAAUUCUAUAUAUAUAUCACUAAAUAAGGAAGUUGAGUAAGUGCUUAAUGGAACACUUUCCUAUUUAAGAUUUGACUCCUUAAUCCUAAAGUUAUGAAUAAAGCCUUGUUCUUUCUAAAGUGACUUCUUUUCUGUCUGCAUAUUUAAAGUUUUUACCUGUGGUCUGUCUUUAUCUCUUCUAUGUCAAGACUUUAAAAAGCAUGAAAAUAAAAACAAUCUCCCCCUUU